AUGAGCGAAGAUUUCGAUUUUCGCGUGGUUUUGAUCAAAAUUCAAAACUUAUUGAGUGACAGUGAUCGGAAACAGUUGCAUUUCUUAUUCGGUGAAGAUAUUCCACGUACAUUACAAGAGGAUGGCUCACUAUCAAGUUCAAUCGAUGCAUUUCAACGACUUUUGGAUGGCGCGAAAAUAUCUUCAACUAAUUCCGGAUAUCUCGUUCGUGCAUUACGAGAGAUUAACCGAGAAGAUUGUGUUAAACGGUUAUCAGAGUAUGACAAACUCAUAUCGAAAGUUAAUCAAACAGAACAAGAUCGAAACGAAGCUUCGACUAUCUCACAGCCGAGCCAAUCAAAUUGUCCAACUUCAGCCGACAUUAUGCUAGAUAUUGAAGAUGAGGAUGGAGGAACUGCUACUUUACUUUCCCAAACUGAACCGCAAAGCGCUCCAUCGAUUCCGUUUGAACCUCCUGUUGCAGAACCAAUGGACUUUCAAAGUAUCGAUUUAAAACCGUUUGAAGACUAUGCAUGUGAAUGGACCGAAGAUUAUUCGAAAGUGCUCGGUCUGAAACAACAUCCUCGAAGUUACCAAAUCGAGAUUAUUCGAGACGCUAUUCGCCAUAAAAACACCAUUGUUUGUCUUCGUACCGGCGCGGGUAAAACCUUUAUCGCAUCUGUUCUAAUCAAAUACUAUUUUAUCAAAAAACAAAAAGAGCAACCGAAUUCAAACUUUUCGGCUUUAUUCUUUGUCCCGCGGAAAGCUAUUCGAUUGCAACAGGCCAAAGCCGUGUCUGAGAUCGGUAACCUACGAGUUCAGUUAUGUCAAGACGAUCAAACCAUCGAUCAAUUAAUCGAUACUCAUCAUGUCAUCGUCGCAACGCCAAAAAAAUUCGGCAAUUGCCUCAGCAAAGGAACGGUACGCUUAGCACAAUUAGAUUUACUCAUCUUUGAUGAAUGUCAUAACACAUCCGGUGGAAAUCCAUAUUGCGAAAUUAUGCAGUAUUACUUAUGUCCAAUGAAACAGCAGAGCACAUCUUCAAUACCUUUGAUUAUCGGCUUAACGGCAACCGUGAGUGCGAAAGAUGCGAAUGAAAAGAAGGAGCCGAUUGACAAAAAUCUCGUUAGUAUAUGUAGUAAGAUGGCAAGUCUAACCAUCUCAACUGUAUGUGAUCCGGCGAAUAUCGAGGAAAUGAAUCGUGAGAUUAGUCGGCCGAAAAAUGAUCAAUUUGAAUGCGUACAGACGUUUCAAUAUGAUGCUUAUUUUGAUGAAUAUUCCAAAAUGUAUAAAGGUCUGGUCGAACAGAUCAAACAGCAUUUGGAUAAUAGAGGAUCGUUAAAUGAACAUGAGAUCGGCUCGCCGAGUUUUAUUGGUCAGUUAGUUUUAUUAAAACGGUCGUUCGAGAUGAAAGGCGAUGUGAACAAUACGAUUAUCUGUGAUUAUUUAUUACUGCUGACAAAAAAAUAUUCCGCACUUCGAGAUUUGCCGUUUGAUAUGGUAGUGAAAAGUAUAAAAGAGAAAAUCGACCAAUAUCAUGACGGAUAUGAACGUCCUGUUGAUAUGGAUGACACGCUGUACGAACGAUGUCGAACAGAACUAAAAAAUAUUUUAGAGAAAUAUACGGAACAUCCAGCAGUCAAUCCGAAAUUGGAGUCAUUAGUUCAACUUUUGAAACGGCAUGCUUUAGGAGCGACCAAAGGUCUCGUUCUGGUUAAAACCACAUUUUAUGUAAAAACACUUCAUGAUUAUCUAUCUACACAUCCUGAACUAAUAAAUCUUGUGAAACCAACAUGGAUUGUCGGUCAAAAUAGUGCCGAUCAUUCGUUGACAAUACAUGAUCAAGAAGCAAAACUACAACAAUUCCGAGGAAAUGAAUGUAAUGUGUUGAUUGCGACAGAUAUUGUACAAGAAGGUUUGGAUAUUCCGACAUGUUCGUAUGUCAUUCGUUAUGAGUUUGUCUCGGAUGAAAUUGGAACGAUUCAGUCACGUGGACGUGCACGUGCACAAAAUAGCUCUUACUAUCUAAUCACUGAACAAGAUUCAAUCAAUCAUACGCGAGAAAAAAACAAUAAAACCCGCGAAGACUAUAUGGAGGAGACUAUUGCUGAAUGGCCAAGAUUUGACAAAGAAAAAUUUCGUAAUGAUGUUGAGGCUAAAACUAAAUCGUUGAUCAAAGCAUGGGAAACCGAUUUACAAAAUGAACAAAAGCAGAGAAAUGUCUUGAGACAAGUUGGUAGAAAGGAUGGUGCCAUAUAUUGUCGCAAAUGUAAUGCAAAAUUAGGCGAACUUUCGUGGUUGAAGAAACGAAAUACAACAUAUUUUAUCAAUAAUGUCGAGUUUUUCACGGGAACAGAAUGCAAACUUGACAAAACAUACACAAAUUUCCAAGAGAAUUUAGUUAUGGGAGAGGUAAAAUGCACUUGUGGAGAUUCGUUGGGCGGUUGUCAAAAGUUUAUGGAUAGACCAGAAUUAGGAACACUAUGCGCAUUAAAAUGUAAACAAAUUAAAUUUAAACUUGUUGAUGAACCAAAUUAUAUCGAAUUUGCACAAUGGAGCAAAAAUAAUCGUUUUGAUGUUGAAGAACUUCAGGAGAUUGAUAAUUAA